AUGCGUGAGGAGGUUGAGGUUGAUAUCGAUGUUGAUGUUGAUGUUGAUGUUGAUGUUGAUGUUGAUGUUGAUGUUGAUGUUGAUGUUGAUGUUGAUGUUGAUGUUGAUGUUGAUGUUGAUGUUGAUGUUGAUGUUGAUGUUGAUGUUGAUGUUGAUGUUGAUGUUGAUGUUAGCGGGUGA